AUGCUUUUUCAGCUAUUAGUUGUUAGCUGUGCGCUUUUUGCUCAAUCACUUGCCAAUGAUCCUCCUCCAAAUCAACCGGUUCAAGUGGAAUCCGUCGAUCAAAUACACCACAAAUUCGGGGAUGAACACGAGAUGAAGGAUGAGGCUCACAUCAAGCAACACUUCGAGGACAAGAUCAAUGUGGAGACGAUGACGGAAGAGCAGAGAAGAUUUCACUAUUUCUCGAUGCACGAUUUGAACAAAGAUGGGAUGAUCGACGGAACUGAAAUCAUGAAAUCUCUCACUCACUCACAUGAUGCUGUAGAGGAGGAAAAACGGGGACCUGGAAACCCGGUGGCUGACGAGGAUUCGAUGGUGAAAAUGAUCGACGGUGUGCUCGAGCAAAUGGAUAUUAAUGGAGAUGGCUACAUCGACUUUGCCGAGUACAUGAAAGUUGGGAAU